GUCAGAUUUACCGAUUUGCCCGCGAAAAUGAGUUGGACAUCAAAACUAAAUGAUUCUCAUAUGUAAGAUGUAACUUGACAAUGCUCAUUCUUAAAGACUCAAUUACAUGGGCUAAUUCUGAGGCCCAAUGGGCCAACACUGAUUUUGGGAGGUUGACUUAGGUCUGAGAAUCCUUUUAGGUUCAUUUCUUCUCUCUCAGUUGCUUUGCAGCAAAUCUCUUGAGUUAGCUUUCGAUCUUCUUCUUCCUCAAUCUCAUCUUCUCGAUUCGAUCAAAAAGGAGAGCAAAUAUCUGAGAUGGCAUCGAGCGCGGCGGUUCCGUUCUGGAGAGCGGCGGGGAUGACGUACAUAACGUACUCAAACAUCUGCGCGAAUCUGGUGAGGAAAUGUCUGAAGGAACCUUUCAAGGCUGAAUCAAUCAAUCGCGAGAAGGUUCACUUCUCCCUCUCCAAGUGGGCCGAUGGAAAGCCCCAGAAACCAGUUUUGCGUUCAGAUGCACCUGAAGUUUGAGACUACUUUUAUUUCAAGAUAUGGUUUCCGUGUUUGAUGAUGUUUAUUCUCGGUAUGGAUGGUAAUGAGGAUGCAAGAGCGCGCGUCUUUCCGCUCAUGUUUUGUUUCUUUUGUUUGUCUGUAAUGAAAGAAUGAUCGAUACUUACCCAAUCAAAUAAUGAUAAACAUGGGGCUUCUGUUUCUUGUUUUGUGAAAGUCUAUCUUCUUAUCCGCUUUCUCUAUACACCAAAUGGUUCAUUUGGUUAAAAUUUGAGUUUCUCAAAAUCUGAUAAGUAAACAAAAAGCCAUUUUGAGUUCUGCAAGCGCUCCUGAUAAGUUAACGAAGCCCGUUUCUAAGCAUGAUACCUGAGUGUUUUGAAAGAACACACAAUUGUAAACAAAAAAAAAGAAUUGUGUCUUGUUAUAGGUCCACAAUCAACUAGCCUAAAAGCCGCAGGACAUUGUACAUCAGUACGAGAAGAGAUAGGUUCUUUGGACCAAAUGAUAAGUAGCCUCCAUGCUAGCUCUUAGAAACACCUGCGUCAUCAUGUUCUGUUCCUGGACAUACCUCACCUUGGUAAUGUGAAAUAUUAUUCCAACCUGAUUGUCCCUGCUAAGGCCAAGCCAAACCUGGGGAUGGACAUUAUAUAUAUAUAUAUAUAUAUAUAUACGGCUCAACUAUAGACCUACAAUGU